CUACGGUAUAAGUGUCCCCUACUCCAGCUCCCCUUGUCCUGUUUCUCUUGCACCAUCAUCAUCAUCAAACUUGUCAGCUGCUUCACAAACAGUCGGCAACAAGACGAUACACAAUGUUCAACCUUCGCCGCUUCUUCGCGUCGGCCCUCGUCUUUGGGCUCGGCCUCGUGCUGCUCGCCCAGACGGCCGAGGCUGCCAAGGGUCCCAAGAUCACCCACAAGGUCUACUUCGACAUCCAGCAGGGUGACCAGAACCUCGGUCGCAUUGUCAUGGGUCUCUAUGGCAAGACUGUUCCCGAGACCGCUGAGAACUUCCGCGCUCUUGCCACUGGCGAGAAGGGCUUUGGUUAUGAGGGCUCCGUCUUCCACCGUGUCAUUCCCAGCUUCAUGAUCCAGGGUGGUGACUUCACCAAGGGUGACGGAACUGGCGGCAAGUCGAUCUACGGCGACCGCUUCAAGGACGAGAACUUCAAGCUCAAGCACUCCAAGAAGGGUCUCCUCUCCAUGGCUAACGCCGGUCGCGACACCAACGGUUCCCAGUUCUUCAUCACCACCGUCGUCACCUCGUGGCUCGAUGGCAAGCACGUCGUCUUCGGCGAGGUCCUCGAGGGCUACGAGGUCGUCGAGAAGAUCGAGAGGACCAAGACCGGUGGAGGCGACCGACCCGUCGAGGCGGUCAAGAUUCUCAAGAGCGGCGAGCUCGAGGUCCCCCCUGAAGGUAUUCACGUCGAGCUCUAAAAGAGACAACGCAACACGCAACACGCCCCCCCGCAUUGUUCGUUGCCUUGUUCACAUGACCCUCAAUGCCGUUGGCCGGAUGUGCUGAUACGUAGCUCUUUCGCCCGCCGCGCAUAGACCUCUUUGGUGCCGCCGAGUUCGCCCCAGAAGAUGAAGGGUGGUCUACUCUGCAAAAGGGUGGCCUUUUUGCCCUCGUGGCUGGCGUCCUCCUCGUCGGUCUCCGUGCUGCCCGACGAUCUCGACUCUAGGUAAAUCAGACUUGUGUCGCAGCGACAAGACAAUAUAAGACCGGCGUAUCUUGGAACCUUUACA